UCAACUUUAAUUAAGUACUAUACUCUCGAACGUUCAACAAGCUCAUACCUGUCUUCUACGCUUUGCUUCCACAAAGGUUAUAAUGCAUGCAUCAAGACUGGGCGAACUUCUGAUCUCUAGUGGUAAAACGGCAAGGAGUUUUCCACUGCGUAGGGCAUUCGUUUCAGCGUCACCAAGGCCCUUACAGGGAAAAGAAGAGGCAGAGCAAUGCCAAAAGGUGAAAGAAGCAGCAGAGGCAGUGAAAGAAGGAGCAAAGCAAGUGAAGGAAACCACUGAGUACAUCCAAGAUGUCGCUUCCACUACGGCUGGCCGUGUGACUAAGAUGACGAAAGAUGUAACGGAGAAAGUUACUGAGACGACGGAUACUAUCACUGAAAAGGCUAAAGGUUCUGUCUCUGGCGUAUUAGGCACUGCCAAAAACGCUACCGAUAUCAUCAAGAACAAGAUCCUUGGUGAUUAGUUAUUACAAUCCACCCAUAUUAUUUAUGCAUGUCUCAAUAAAGUAAUAUUGAGAAAUGUUAAAGUUUUGAUUUGGUAAUUCUAUGGAUUAAAGAUAUAUCUGAUAAAAUCAUAAAUCUACAUGAAAACCCUAACCAGUCUUUAUUGUAUUUUGUUUUACCAUGGUAACAAAGUCUUUGAAAAAAAGCUAUGAACUAUUACAACCCCAAUGGAAAAGCUCUGGAUCGGACUAUGUAGAAACUUUGUC